CACUUUAAUGGAGAUCACUGGAGGAGAUGACAGAUUUAGUUGAUAAUUUCAAAGGCGAAUUUAAACGUUAUAAACAGCGUAAUCCUGUUCCAAAUUUUUCAGACGUCAUAGACAUUGAUAAGUCUCUAUCAAAGGUUAGUUUAUUUACUCUUAAAGUCCAAGAUCAUCCAGCUGUAAAAGGACUCAAACCUGUUGAUCAAUGGAAAGCGUACACACUUGACAGUUGCCCAGGAUUCCUAAUAAUUUUGAACCCAUUUGAAGAUGGAGGUCAGCGUUAUUGGAUGGAGGAAUGUAUUAAAACUUAUCCACUGGCACCAAAUAUCACCAAUAUUGAUUCUCAGCUAUCUUCAGUAGAUAAACAUGAUGUAUGGCAGUACAGUAAAGCUAACCAUAGUAAGGAUAUAACAAGCAAAGAUAGUUUGAUGAUGAAGUUGAGAUGGGUCACCCUAGGAUACCAUUAUGACUGGGAUAACAAGAAAUAUUAUACAGACAAACACAGUGAAUUUCCAGUGGACCUAUCUAGACUCUGUAAAUAUAUAGCAUCAGUAUUAGGCUAUCCUUUGUAUGCUCCAGAGGCUGCCAUUGUAAAUUAUUAUCACAUGGAUUCAACACUUGCAGGACAUACUGACCAUUCAGAAUUAGACCAUGAUGCACCAUUGAUUUCCAUUAGUUUUGGCCAAGAUGCCAUAUUUUUAAUUGGAGGUCUAACCAAAGAAACAAAACCAGAAGCCAUAAUGUUACACAGUGGUGAUAUCUGCAUAAUGAGUGAACAGUCAAGACUUGUAUACCAUGCUGUGCCUAGAAUUAUGAAAGCUGAAAUGAACAGAAUAGAAAAGUGUAUACUGACAUGCAACAAAUGUAAUGGGUCAUGCAGUGAACAAACUAAUUCAAUACAAGAUAAAAAGUCAUGUGAUAAAGUUAUAGAUAAGAGAAUGUGCUACAAAGAAAAAGAACAGUCUUGUGAUAAACAUCCAGUCUUUGGACUUUUUGACAGACAGCCUGAUUCUGCAGAAAUUAGCAGAGAUCUCUCUAUAGAUGAACAACUAUUUUGUGAUUAUUUGAACUGUACACGGAUAAAUGUCAAUGUCAGACAAGUUCUAAAACCAAAUGAACAGUUUCCUGACCAUCAAAAUGUUUUUUCAUGUAGUGUUGAGAGUAAAAAAAUAAAACUGGAUACAAAUUAGUAAAAAAGUCAAAACUGGAAAAAAAUCAACGUUUUUGUCUGACUUUCAUUGAAGAAAGUAAAACUUUCAUGAUUGCUUAUCACUGGCAGGCAAAACAUUAUGCUUACAGUAUUGUUAAAGAAGAAGAAAAUUUUAUAAGUACUUCAAAUGUAUGCUUAAAAAAAUUGAUCCUG